UUUCUUUCUUUCUUUCUUUCGGUUGCUUUUUUGUCUGCAGCACCACCUCCAGACGCUAGAGGGCGAGGUCUCCGGUCUAGUCUUAACGUCAUACGUCAUAAACAUGCGACUGCUCGUCAAACGGUACUAUAAUUAACGUGGAGAGCCACCUGAGUCUGUUUGAAAACAAAGGAAAACAGGAGCGUUUUUUCAGCUUAGACGAUGUUUCCAAUGGGAGGUCAGUAGAAGUUCAGCGGCAGCAGCAGGGAUGAGGAUCCAGCUGAAGGGUCCCAGCCACGCCGCCACCCUGCUGGCGGAGCUCAACCGCUGCCGGCUGAUACGUCAGUACUGCGAUGUGUUCCUGCAGGUUGGCAGCCGAACAUUUGCGGCGCACCGCGCAGUUCUGGCCUGCGCCGGCACGUACUUUCACAACCUGUUCAGCCGGGCGCCGACCACGACAUCGCCAGCGUUUUCGCUGGAGUUUGUCUCGCCAGCCAACUUCGAGAAGGUUCUGACGUUUGUCUACACAGGGGAGAUCCUGAUCGACCUCAUCGACGUUGGCGUGCUGUACGAGCUGGCGGAGAGGCUCGGUGUCGGAGAGCUGGUGCGGGCGUGCCAUGCCACCUUUCCGGACUUGCAGGUUUCUGCUAAAGCGGGUCGAGACGGAGAGCUGCUGCUGGACUCGGGGUUGAUCAGUGGCGGCGUGACCUCUGAUCCCUCGUUGUGCUCCUCCGCAGCAUCCUGCUCUUCCCUCUCCUCAUCGGUCGGUCAGUCUGCUGCGCCGACACCCGCUGCAGCUCCUUCACCUCUUUUCCAGAGAACCGGCAGGUUAGAAACCCAGGAAGCCGGUCUGACUCUGGACCUGAAGGCCGAAGACUUCCAGUCCCACAUUGGAUAUGGACAGAUGCCGAGCCGCCCGGCGCUGCAGCUGAAAACCGAGCAGAGCUGCGACGACUGCGUGACGCGAUGCAACCCUGCGCCCUCUGACCUCUGCUCCCUCCCGGACUCCUCUGCUCAGCUCGGACCCGAAGCGCCGACCUCCUCCUCUGGGGAGCCCCCAGCCCGCCUGCAGGGGGCGACAGUGACGAGCAAACAGGGAGACUGUGUGCUGAUGUUUGAGGAGGUUGAAGCGAGGGAGAGUAAAGGUGAGAUGGAGGAAGAGGAGUGGCGACAGCUGGCUGGAGAAAUAAUCGAGCUGAGUGACGAUGAGACCUACAUGGAGGAGGAAGAUGAGGAAGAGGAUCUGGUGUGUGUGGAGAACGGCGCAAGAGACGAAGGGAGCAGGAGCGGCCUGGUAAACACAGUGAGCAGAAACCAGCUGUCGUGUAAGGCCUGCUCCGUGCCGCUCCCUGCAGACCCGGUCGCGGUGAAGCGACACGCCGAGUCUCACCUGACGGAGCUGGGCCACUGCCGGCUGUGCGGCGCCUCGUUCCCGGACCGGGCCGCCGCCGUGGCCCAUUCCCUCUCCCACGUCAGCGUUCAGCUCUUCUCCUGCGAAAUGUGUCGGCAGGAGUUCUGCAGCCAGAGCAAACUGCUGCGCCACCAUCACCAGACGGCGGCUACCUACAGCAUCCCGCAGGGGGCGCUCAUGAGCAGCGGACAGGGCUCAGAGCUGAAGUGUGCGGUGUGCACCAAAACCCUGGGCAAGGACUUCCAGGCGCUCAGAGACCACCUGCUGAGCCACGUGUGUCUGCAGACCCUGACCUGUGGGGUCUGCCACCUGCCUCAGCUCUCCCUCUGCUCACUGCUAUGGCAUGCCCUUGCCCACCUCUCCCUGCCCGUCUUCACCUGCCCUCACUGUGCCUGCUGCUUUGUAGAGCGCCCCCCGCUGGACAGACACAUGGCAGCUCAUGCCGACGAGGCGGCUGCUAAGGAGAAGCAGCGUCUAGUACACAAAGCGGAGGAGAUGCACUGCUUCCUGUGCCCACAGACGUUUGUCUCCUCCUCUGCCUUCCAGCUCCACCUCGCAAUGCACACCUCAGAGUCCCUGAACGACGGCGGCGGUGGCGGUGGCUGCCUCGGCAAGCGGAAAGCCGACCACUCUCUGGACUGUCCUCCAUCUUCCUCUUCCUCUUCUCCACGCGACAUCAGCGGCCACUCUAAGAUCAAUCUGGGUUUGGGGAUGGCGAUCGGCUUCAGCGUACCAGAGAAGCUCGGCUUCCCAUCCGCAGCGGGGCAGGACAGUACCGCUGUGGCCGCGGCCAUCCGCGGGAAGUGGUACCGCUGUCGCUACUGCGGCAAGCGCUUCGCCCACUCGGGGGAGUUCACCUACCACCUGCGGAUCCACACCGGGGAGAAGCCAUACCAGUGCAAGGUGUGCCUGCGGUUCUUCAGGGGCCGAUCCACCAUGAUCUGCCACCUGAAGACGCACGCCGGCGCCCUCAUGUACCGCUGCACCGUCUGCGGACUCUACUUCUCCACCCUCAAGCUGGUGUCGUCGCACAUGGAGCUACACAAGGACCACCUGCCGGCUGACUUCAACAUCGAGCAGACCUUCAUGUACAACGACCACUCCAAGGAGCCGCUGCUGCCCGCCGGCGACGCCUGAAACACUGACAACAUUAAGAA